AUGGCCCCGGUCGACAACAACCGCCCUUUCCGCAUCAUCGUCGUUGGUGCGGGCUUAACGGGACUGGUGACUGCUAACUGCCUCCAAAAGCUCGGCAUCGACCAUGUCGUGCUUGAGAAGGGCGACGUUGCGCCACCCAAGGGAGGUAUAGCAAUGUGGCCUCACAGCAUCCGAAUUCUCUACCAGCUCGGGGUGCUAGAAGAGUUGAAGAAGUUCUCGAAACCAACCAUAGGAUUCAAGGGCAAUGGGCCUGAUGGCCGUCCAGUGUAUGAUACGCAGGUGUAUCAUUGUGUAGAGAAAAAUCAUGGAGUAAGCAUGUGGCCCGUUGAGAGAACAGAUAUUCUCCGAAUUAUGUAUGAAAACUUGCCGGACAAGAGCCUGGUCAAAGCUAGAGUAAAGAUCACGGACGUGAAGCAGUUCCCAGACAGAGUUGAAGUGGUUCUCGAAGACGGAACCGUGGAAAUCGGCGACAUGAUCAUUGGCGCUGACGGCGUGCACACCACGACAAGGGACUACAUGUGGGCUCACGCCGCAAAGGUUUCCCCUGGUCUUAUCACGGCCGCGGAACGAACGUCCCUCAAAUCGCACUCUGAAACGCUCAUUGUCAGCACACCCCCCAUUCCAGAGCUCGGAUACCGCGACAUCGUCAUCACAUACCAGAACAGAUUCAACUUUCUGUUCACCUGCACCCACGAUGCCGUCUGGGCGGUCGUUGUCUUUCUCUUCGAUGAGCCGCUCCCGUGGCCGCAUCGGAAACGCUACACCGAGGAGCACGCCGAGGCCCUGGCCAAGCUCGUCAUGGACAAGCCCAUCACCGACCAGCUCGUGUUUGCGGAUGUGUGGAAGCGGCGCCGCGAGGCACCUCGAGUGGUCAUGCUCCAAGAAGGCGUCCUGGAACACUGGCAUCACGGCCGCAUCUGUCUCGUGGGCGACGCCGCGCACAAGGCCCAUCCCAACAUCGCUCUGGGCGGCAACACGGGUAUCGAAGACGUUGCCUGCCUGAUGAACCACAUCUGGCGCGCUGUGGAGGCAAGCCCCCACAAGCGGCCCAGUGGCACGGCGCUGGAAGCCGUGUUCGAAGCCUACCAGGAGGAGCAGAAGCCCCGUGUCAAGCAUAUCGUCAGCCUCAGUGCUAUGGCGGCCAGGAUGCACACAUUUGCCUCUGUUUUCCACAAAUUCUUGGCCAAUUGGGUCUUCCCGGCGUUCAAGGACCAUUGGCCGGCGGACUACAUCGGCCAGUACUUUUCCAGCGCGCCGAAGCUUGAGUUUCUGUCUAGUGAAGGAUUUCCGACCGGGAAGAUGCCAUGGCUGUCGGAUCAGAAGCGUGCGAGUGAAGGCGACGAGAUUGGCAACGAAUAA